GGAGGUAUGUUAGAAAGUAAAUUUUUUAAAAACUCAUAAUCAUCCUGUUUUCUAGAAACGUGAAUUGUCCAUACAAAUUUCACAAAAUUUUGCCAUUUUCUGUUCUUAUUAUAUAUUCAGGUCGCAAUGGCAAAACAGAAGGGAGAAAAGAAGGGCAAAUCUGCCAUCAACGAAGUGGUUACUCGUGAAUACACAGUGAACCUACACAAAAGGUUGCAUGGUAUUGGCUUCAAGAAACGUGCUCCUAGGGCUAUCAAAGCCAUCCGACAAUUCGCAGAAAAACAAAUGGGAACUCCAGACGUUAGAAUUGACACUAGACUUAAUAAACAAUUGUGGUCUAAAGGAAUCAGGAACGUUCCUUUCCGUGUCCGUGUUAGACUGUCCAGGAGAAGAAAUGAUGAUGAAGAUUCAGUCAACAAACUGUAUACUCUCGUAACAUAUGUUGCAGUGCCAACAUUCAAAGGACUUCAAACUGAAAAUGUUGACGCAAGUCAGGAAUAAAUAAAAUAUAAAAUUAUUUUUAAGUAA